AUUAGCUCGACCCAGCUGCCAUCCAAGGAGUGAGAAGCUCUGAAAAUACUCCAUAGCAUCCUCCAUUUUCGAGCUCAACACAAAUGGGUGCAAGGGAAGAAGAUUAGAGAAGGAAAAAGCUAGGAAAAAGUGUGAAAAUUAAGGAGCUUAACUAAAGAGUUUCUAGAGUUUGCCGGAGUUGUCGCCGGAGUUCGUCAAAAGUCGCCGGAGUAUCGCCGGAGUUCAACCGAGAGGGGUAGAACUUCAUAGCGCUAAUUCGAGAACUAGGAGCAGUUCUGUCCGCCGUUCCACCUGCAUGGUUAGUCAUCAACAAAACAACAUACUCAACAACGUGAUGCCACCAAAGAAGCGAACUAAGAAUGUUGGAACCAGCUCUAGUCGGGCAACGAGGGCCCGCUACCAGCCUCAGUUCCCGGAAGACAAACAGUGGAUCACAUACCUUGACUUACUGACGAAGGAGGUGGGCACUUUUCAUUAUCCUGAUGAGCCCACAUUGAUAGCUGCUGUGCUACGUGAUGAGGUGAUGACGCUGCUGCGAAGGGGAUGGUGGAAACACCCUUUCUUUGGCAUCCGAGAGCCGACAUACAAGGAAUUGACAUGCGAGGUUUUGGCCACAAUUAAGGUGCCCCGAUCCAUCCGUUCUUCAGAUAUCCACCGACCCAUGAUCACAUUCCGGGCAUUCAGUGAAGACCAUACCAUCUCCAUUUACGACAUCAAGCGACAUUUAGGUUUUACCCGGAUAGAGGACAGAGCAGAUAACGAGACAGACUUGACUGAUUUUCCACCAGAUGUUGACCGCCAGAGAUUUCGGGAGAGCAUUUCUAGAAAUGGCGGCGAGUACAACCCCCGAGACACCCCUAGCACCUUGUUGUACCCACGAGCAUACCGAGUCAUCCAAUCCCUCCUUUCAUCCACCAUCACUAGGAGGGCCGAGGUAGCAGGUAAGGUCUCCACCACAGACCUUCUGUGCCUUUAUUGCAUGAUCAACAACAAACUGCCACACAUGAGUGCUCUCAUUGCUGGCCUCUUCCACCGCCAGUCCACAUACCAGAUCAAGGUUAUCUUUUCUGGACCCUACAUCACCCGCCUUCUACGGGGAAUGGGUUACGGCGACCACUUUGAAAACAUGGAGGAGAGUUCUUACUAUGAGCCGUGGACCAAGCUUCCAGAGUUGAACACCGGAGUGGCCAGAAGGAGGCGCCUAACAGAGCAACCAGCUAAUGGAGAGGAAGGGGUACCACAUCAGGCAGGUAUCCACAUUCAGGAGGGAGGUGGAGAAGCAGCUGAGGAUGCUGGACACAUUGAUGGGGGUGGGGCAGCCAUGGACCAUGACGCUGCCCAUGCUAUUCCCGACAUGCCUCCUGCUUUUGAGGAUGCUUUUCACAGAUGGCACGAGGAGCAGCAGGAGUACCAUGAGGAGUGGCGAGAGCGACAACAGCGCUAUUACUCAACGAUGCACGCGAGUCAGAGUCUAUUCUUCCAGGAUAUGCGUGAGGCACACCAGCGUCAGCAGGAGUUCUUUCGUGAAAUGAGGGCAGACCAGCAAACGUUCCUUCGGGAGGUCCGAGAGGAGAGGCAGACAUACCAUAGAGAGCUCCAGCAGACCAUUCACGAUGAAAUUUCGUCCGGGUUCUCCAACCUGCGCAUCCAGUACACCGAGUUGGACACUCGUGUCACAUCUUUGGAGACUAGCCGGAGUUCAUUCUUUGAUGCACGGUGACCACCGUCACCUCCGGAGUAGUAGUUGAUCGCGUAGACUGUCUUUCGAUAGCCUCUGUGUUCUGAUUUUAUUGGAUGACUGUACCUCUAUUUUCACUCUCUCACUCACCCACAUUAACUCUUUACUCUUUCUCUUUAUUGCUUGGAUAUUGUGUUUGGAU